CAACACUACGCUCUCCACCCUUAGAGGCUGGAAAACUAUAGCAAUUUUUCAAUAUUGUUUACACUUUCGCUUUCACCCUUCACGUGGUUCUUUAGGAUAUUUAGAGGCAAAAGAUAAAGUACCAGUCUGAGAAAAUGUCGUCUUUUAAGAAAAAUAAAGUACAGAAAAUUCACAGAGAGCGUCCACAGGUAUGCCCGAAGCGUAAAAUCCUUUAAAUAUAUCUUUUGUAUGUAACAUUGAUAGCAACUCCCAAUUUUCGAUAGCAUUUUCAUUUUUAUUAAGUUUAGUUUAACAGAAUUAAUAGACUAAUUUAAAGUAUUAUUAAUACUUAAGCAUAUUUUAUUAUAAUAAUAAAUAAUAUAUGGUAAUCUACCACUUGAGCUUCGGCCAAAAAAAAAAUCCAGUUGUACUGGUUGGAAGGGCUAUUUAAACAACUAUAUUCUUACAUUGGAGUCUGUUCAUAUUUUUGCUUCCCUAUAGAGGCUAUAAAGUUAUAUAGCACAAUACUAAUACAUUUAAAUAAUUAUUACUGCCAAGCUACCGAUAUGCCAGGAAGAAAAAGAGACUACAAUUAUUUUUUUUUUAUCCAGAUAACACGGAUGUCCACACACAGAAUGUGGAAAACGUGAAUGCUCAGAAAGUGUCCCCGUAAACUAAAAAGACAGUUUGGCACAAGAAGCGCCAGUGAUCUCUCCCCUUUAUAUUUACGUGGAUUCAUGUACCACAACCGUUUUCGUGGAAAUUAUAUUUUUUUAAACUUCAUUGUCAACUUGGGGUAGAACUAUGCAUAAUUCCAUUUUCACACAUUAUCUUCUAUUUCAAAAAAAUUGUUAUAGUUUUUCUAUUUUAAAAAAAUUGUCUAUUAUUAUGGGAAUGAAUACGUACAACCAAUGUCAUUAAAAUUAAUAAAAGAAUAGUUGUUUAAAUAGCCCUUCCAACAGGAACAGCUGGAUUUUUUCCUCGGCGGACGCUCUAGUGGUAGAUUACCUAAUAUAUUAUACUAUAGGCCUACCAUAUAAUUUAUGAUAUAAUAAUAUAAUCAUAUUAUUUUAUUAUAUAUUGUCAAUGAGUUACACUCACUCAAUUAACCUACUCAAUUACAAUUAAAUUGACGGCAAUCCUCCGAAGUCCGGUCCCAAAUUAUUUCCAAUGAUUACUCCUUACGUAAAAGUCUUGGGCAUCGUUCUGUUUUGAAAUUCAUGUUUGCGUUACUGGACGAUGUUGGAUGGAGGUUGUUGGCCGUCGAGAUGCAUAAACACUCGAGCGCAUUAUCACUAAUUGUGAGGAUAUCAAAAUGUCGCUCAGCUCAACAACGGGAUUUAUGCUCAUGCUGUCAUUGUGCAUGCGCAUGAAUUUGUUGAUCCAGUAUCAGAAGACCAGGACAUUUACUUUUACAAAUAAAUUAUUGAAGGACUUUGGAUGCAAGCAAAACGUAAACUCCGCUAUCUUUUCAGAGUGGUACUAGUUGCGGUCUGUUUGCCAGCUACUUGGAGAAGCAGAAAGUUUUUGACUGCUAUUUGCAAAUGUUAUGUGCCAAUUACAAAUAAAAUAUUUAGUGUUUACUGACUGGUUUGUAAAGUGACAGUUAUUUGCAAAAGCUAUGACUGACAUUUCUGCUGUUUUAUAACAAUAGACACUGUGCAUUGCAAUUUUUUUCAUACGAAAUAAUUUGAUACCAGACUUCGGAGGAUUGCCCAAAUUGACAAUAAUUGACAAUUCUCAAUAAAUUGUCAUACUCGUAACUAAACGUAACUCGAUAAUACUAAUACUUAGUCUGUUUCUUGUCUGGUUUGUUAAACAUAAAAUCAGAAAGAGCAAUUGUGUGGGCCCUGCAAUGUAGGGAACCUUGGUCAUUUAAGGGCCAAAGUUGUGAUGUUGAAAAAAAUGCAAAACAGAAAAGAGGCAGGGACCUGCAACUCCAACCGUCAAGUGGCGGCUCUGACUCAAAGUCAAUGUCAAAUACAUUUUAAGAUUAGGAGUUUUAUUAUUUUUUCUUUAAAUUGGCUUGAUAUUAUAUAUUCGAAAUUCCCCAUUUCAGUAAUGGCCCAAGCCUAAGUUGCUUGGGCUAAAGAAUAAUAAGAGCAUUGAAUCCUAUAGUCAUAUGAUUUGAUAUUGAUGAGCACCAUGUGUGCAUUGUACUUGUAAGUUAAACUCAUAUUAGUGAUCAUUCAUUUCUUAUAAUUUAUAUACACAAUGAGAUAAGUGAGAGUGGUCAAACUGCACAUAUUUGGUGUUAAAAUGUUAUUCAAUUUUUGUUGUGCUUCUGUAGCCUGAAGAUCGGGCACAUUUAGGGAUGCUCGAAAGAAAAAAAGACUACAGAGAAAGAGCAAGGUAAGUAAUGAUCCUUAGAAACUCAUAAUUUUAUUAAAAAACUAUUGACCAUAUACAAUUCGAAUCUUUUAUAUAAUUUUGUAACUUCCUCUGUAUCUAAGUCUUAAACUUAACUACAUCUAAGAUUAGACCUAUUUUUGCUUUAGCUGAUGAUUUUUUAUUUGAUGUCUAGUAGGCUGAUGUUUUUCAACCAUGUCUAUGUAAUUAAAAGUUUUAGUUAAUGUUGUGAAUUACAGAGAUUUUCACAAAAAAGAGGACACAAUUAAAAAGCUUAAGAGGAAAGCUGAGGAUAGGAAUCCAGAUGAAUUUUACUUCAAUAUGACAAGGACAAAGAAAUUGGUACGAUAUUAACGUUGAUUUAUGAAAUAUAUUUCUCAUCUGUUAACAGUUUAAAGUAACUAAUAAACUAUUUCUUGUAAUGAUGUUAUUAAAUUGCUAAAGUAGUUUUUUAAGCAGCAUCAUUUUUUAAUUUUUUACUUAAUAGAUAAAUGUUGUUUUUUUCUUUACAUUGUAAAAAAAAAUUGCUCUUUCCAAAAAAUGUUAUGUGCAUGUAUAUGGUUUUCAAUUAAUAAUUAAACUAUGCUCCAAAAAGAGCAAUACAAAUGACUUGAAGUCUUAACAUUAUGUUUGCAAAUGUCCAAUAUACACUAUUAAUUUUCAGGAUGGAGAACAUAGGUUACGGAAAACAGCUGAACCUGUGGUGACAGAGGAGCAAAAGAAGUUAAUGGCAACUCAAGACAAAAGAUACGUGUUGUACAGACUUUCCAAAGAACUUAAGGUAUAUAUAAAUACACAUAGCUGCCUUUGGGUUAUGCCGCCGACCUUCGUAAAAUAGUAACAGUUCAGUUUAACCCUUGUAAUCCUAUAGAGUUUAAAUGUACACCAAAAAAUUGUCAAAUUUAUUUUGUAACUGCUCUUGAUAACAUAAAUCUUUUAGAAUCUACGAUUCUGUGUCCCAUACACCCUAAAAUUUUUAAUUUCCAUCCAAUUAUAGUCGUGCCAUAUUUCUUUUUUUAAAUAUUUUAGAAAUUGCUUGUCAUAUUCAAAUUUUUUAUCCAAAAUAAUCAACACUUUUGUCUUCCAAUUUCUACUAUGCAUGCAUACAUUAGACGUAAAAGAAAGUAUACAUUUUUUUAACCUUUCAGGUUUUCCCCUAGUCUGUGUAGUAUAUUUCAUAUUGCUUCCAACUGAAUGCAUUCCUCCCAGUGCAUUCCUGCCCAUAACGAAAAGAUAAUUUAAAACAUUUUCUGAAUAUAUCAGUUUGUCUGCUUGAACCUAAAAAUGUUAUUGUAAAAUUUGCUGUAAAUAAAGGUUUAUAAUUCAAUUACAUGAUAAUAUUUUGAUCUACUUUUGUUGUCACAAAUUUUGUUUAGAAAAUUGAAAAGUUGAAGAAAACUCUUCACAUGAUUGACAGUGAUCAAAAGAAAAAUUCACACAUAAUCUUUGUGGACUCUAAGGAAGAUGGUAAGUGUAACUUAAAUUUGUAAAGUACAAUAACAUGUCUCAACCAAAUGUUAAGAUAAGAUUCUUCUAGUGAUAUAUACAACAUGUAAAAAAAAAUAUUUUAUUAUAUUCUACUUACAGGUAUUCAUUCUCAGCAUGUAGAUAAAUAAAUAUUCUUAACUAGACAAUAUUUUAAAACUAGAACUUUAAAACUAGAACAAUCUAAACACAAGGCAUCUAGUAUUUCUCAAUUGUAAAAAUCAGUUAUCUUAUACCAUAAAACUUCACUCCCUUAGUGACAAUAAUGAUUUAACUGGUCAGUCAAUUAAUCAUUUAGAUUUUGUAACUGCUGGGGGAGUGCGCUUGUAAAUUCUGACAGACGGGGGGAAAAAGAAUUUGUAUAUCUUUCGCUCUUAACUGAGGGAAAGAAUUCAGCCUGAUUGAGCUGACCUUAGGUAUCUGUGAUGAAGAUGAUGGGAUGUAUCCUCAAAAUUUUUUAGUUUUACACCAGCAUCUUUCUUCAAAUAGUAAAGUAAAGCCUUUUUUUUGUUUGUUUGUGUGAUAUUACUUGCUGUCUUGAUUGGUCUAUUUAAUCGAUGUUUGGUGAUAUCAACUGUUUGUCGCAGUGUAAAGUUUUAAUGACACCUCUCCUUCACAACGAUUUGUUCCAAUGUUCUAAUUUGGAAGGCUUUCAUUCAAAGAAUUCUUCUAUAGGCCACACAUAAACUUCAAUUUCUUUAUCUUUCAGCCAAAAACUUUGACCCUGCCAAAUUUUUCGACACUCAUCCUGCAUUUGUUGACAGAGCUUACAACAGACCCAAGUUGGAGACUCUGAAGACAGGAACAUUUUCCCUAGAUACUGAACAGUUAAAGGCAAGGGCUUAUGUUUUAUAACCAAAAAGUUAACAAAUUAUUCAUGAUAAUUAGAGAUAAUGACAACUGUGUGUUGUGCUUACUUCCAUAGAGACUCUCAGCCAUCUGAUUUCAACUACGCAUAUCUGGUAUGACAGUUGGUUUCAAUGGUUUUUGUUAAUUUGUCUUGAUGAAAAGGUUUAUGUCAAUCUCUGCGCUUAAAAAUGCUACAUGUGAAAGUUUAAGUGGAAUUUGAAUAAUAUUUCUGUACUAAUAGAUUGCAAAUGAUAGAAAGUCACAGAGAUAAUGAGGUUCUGGUUGACUCAUCAUGAGGAAUGUGUUGAGUGCACAUAACUUGAGGGAGAGACUCUUGAUGAUAAACAACAUUUGUUUUUGUUUAUUAAAUCUCACUACUUGCCUUCAUUGUAAACAUACUGUGAUAGGAACCAGAAACUACUUUCUUUUAACUGGUUCUGUGAGAGGGUUGAGAAGCACAUUUUUAUUUUUUAACCAUGGAAAAUGGCGUUCACAAUAUACAAAGGCGCCUAAAGAAAAUGAGGAUUUUUAAUUCUUUUUGUGAGGUUUAAUUUGACGAUAUUAAUGACAUUAUAAUAAGAUGAGAUUAAGUUAUUUAUCAAUAAAGCUAUCAAAUGAAAUCUUAUAUUUCAUAGCUACUAUGAAAAGUCCCAAAAUGUAUAAAUAGUAUAAGUAUAUAAACCUUUCUUUCGUGUCAAUGGUGAGUAUAAUAAGGAGAGUGUAAAUAUUUUUACAACCAUUGUAUUUUCCUUGAUCAGCUGAUGACAAAAUUAAACUAGAAAAUGUAUCUGUCAUUAACAUCUGACAUUGUCAUUUGUUUUUUAAUUACUGUCUAGUGUUGAUAAGAAAAUGCUAUUCUAACCUUUCAAUCAUAUCCUUGUAGGCGGUGUUGAUAAGAAAAUGCUACUCUAACCUUUCAAUCAUAUCCUUUUAGGCGGUGAUGGAGUCGAAAGAUGCUGCAUACAAAGAAAUGUCAAGGAGAAUAGACAGAGCCAGAGAGUUAAAAAUAAUUGCAGAUAAACUUGACGCCAAAGUUCAUGGGGUGGUAAGUUCACUGAGUUACUUCCCUGGAAUUUCUUAUUUCCCUUGUUUGAACUUGGCAACAAAAUGAUUUUGAUAUUUGAAACUUUGACAAUGGAUUUUAAAUGAUUAUACGGUAUAAAUAACAUAAGAUUUAUAUUUAAUUUCAGGAUAAAUCAUGUAAGAAAAAAUGUGUCCAGCAAGAGACGAAGGAGAUGGCCGCACAGUACAAGUUUGCCUUCAAGAGACAAAAAUGAAAAUGUGAUAUUAAAGUUAUUACAAAUUUAAAGAAAAUGUUUUUUUUCUUUUCUGAUUACAGUAUAGUUGCAAUUCUUUGUUUAUUAUUAUGGCUUAUAACAAUUUUAGGAAAUAUUUUUGCUAAAUAGAGAAGCGUAAAUAACUCUUUUCAGUUAAAGUUGACAUAUUUGUUAAAAUGUUGUUCAUAAUUUAGGAAUAAAUCAACACAAGUUAUAGAAGUUAGUCUGUAAAAAUUCAUCACUGAUCUCUAAAAACUUAACUCCAUCUGCCAAAGAGAAGAAUUUUUUUAUCCCAGAAUCAACAUAAACACCACUAGUUGGAAUGAGAUUGAGAUGUGUUAAUAACUUUGCCAAUUUGUGAUUGAUUAUUGUUAAUUGUAACCAUGUUCGUGAAUUUGAAAUAUUUUAAUGUGUGAACCUGGUAAUUUUAUCCAGUGCAUCAGGGAGAAUUUCAUGGACUAGAAUUACAUUGCCAGAAUUUAUAAGCAAGUUAUUAUCGUUUCCUUCUCUCCCAUCCCCCCCCCCCCCUUUUUUUUUCUUCCUCAACCCCAUUUAGCAGUGAAUA